AUGUCGUCGAUCAAUUCUUCCUCUUCUUUGAUGAGUGGAGCGUUAUCCAGUCGCCGCGAGAAUGCAGUGAAAGCUUCGACGACGAGAAUACGUUUUCGAGAAAACGGUCAACAGCAAAGAGGAGGAAAAGGAGGAAAAAGAGGCGGAGUAUACAUCGUCGCGAGGCAGAUAAAACCAAAAGGCAUGAGCCAAGAGAAAUGGGAGCAAAUGCAAAAACAGCAGGAUAAAAACUAUAAACUGUUCAGCAAACGAGCGAAGGAGAGGAUUGCCACGCAAGGGCCGAGAAUUAACGACACGAGAGGCACGGAAACGUAUUUGACGUACGAAUCGGUGGCGGAACCGUUGGAUUUGAAGGAACCGAAGUGGUCGAGGAUGAAGGAGUUACCGAUGCGGGAGUUUCAGAGGGCGAUUAACAGUUCGAAACCUGGAGGGAUGGUGAGGACGUUUGAGGUUUGGGAACCACCCAUGUGGGGAUAUCUGCCACCGCCACCGUUGAGGACGAUGCCGAGGAAACGAUGGUAUAAGGUGACGUUAGGGUACGAUUUGGUGGAUAGUUUAGACGCGACGAAAAUCGUCGCGACGAAAGAUACGGAGUACAUCGUGAAACCGGCGACGGAGACGUUAGAGAAAGCGUGUAGGUUGAUCGCCGAGCAGAGAGGUGUUUGGUACACGUACCACCAAAAAUACGCGACGAACAGGUACGGACAGUUACAGUUUAUCGGUAUGGCUGUGGGCGGGUUUGUGUUUUUAAUGGGGUCGAUUUAUUUAGGCAUCAUGAAAAAGAACGCCAUCCCGACCGAUUUGAUACAGGCCGUACAGUUCGCGCAGUCCGGAGUUUCCGCCAGAAAAGAUGGGACCGUAAACGUCACUUUAGAAGAUAUUGGUGGUUUGGAGAAUAUUAAAGAGGAUUUGGACGAGAUUAUUCGGUUUUUGAAGGAUCCGACGACGUUUACGAAGGUUGGCGCGAAACCGCCGAAAGGGAUUUUGAUGGAAGGUGGACCUGGGGUUGGCAAGACGUUGCUCGCAAAAGCAAUCGCGGGUGAAGCAAAAGUGCCGUUUUACAGCAUGGCUGGUUCAGAAUUUGUGGAAAUUAUCGUCGGCGUUGGCGCGGCGAGAGUGAGAGAUUUGUUCAAACGCGCGCGCCUGAACGCGCCGUGCUUGAUUUUCGUAGAUGAAAUCGACGCUUUAGGUACCGCGCGGGCGAGCGCCGGAACGCGAGGAACAGAAGAACACGAGCAAACGUUGAACCAGUUGUUGACGGAGAUGGAUGGUUUCACGCCGGAUACCGGAGUUGUUUUUAUCGGCGCGACAAACAGAGCGGAUUUGUUAGAUCCGGCGUUGUUAAGGCCCGGGAGAUUCGAUCGUAAGAUUGAAGUGAACAAACCGAACGUGGACGCGAGGCAAAAAAUCUUGCAAAUUCACCUGUCAAAACGAAACGUGAAUCCAGACAUCGAUACCGCGAGAUUGGCGAGAAAUUUACCGGGAAUGACGGGCGCGGAAAUUGCGUCGGUGGUGAAUGAAGCCGCGGUUCACUGCGUGCGACGAGAAGGCUCGCAAAUCGAAGAGGAAGAUGUUAUGUACGGAUCAGAUCGCGUUUUAUACGGCGUGAGAGGCAAGGCGCACGACAAAGAUGAGCUUUUAACGAAACUGAUCGCCUGUCACGAAGUUGGACGCGCGGUGGUUCAGGAAACGUUGAGGAAAGAAACGAAAUUGUUGGAGCCGUGCGAGUUCAUUUCGAUCGUUCCGAGAGGCUUUCAAGCGGCGACGACGUUAUUUUCUCGAUUCGACGAUAACGAGUACAUGUAUCCUACGCGAGAACGCUUGAUGGAACGCGUGGAAGUCUUAACCGCCGGAGUUGAAGCUGAAAAAUUGGUGUACGAUGAAGUAUCUUCCUACGGCACCGAUUACGGUAAAGAAGCGAUCGACUUGUUGCGAAACGUUGUGAUCAACCAAGGCUUGGGACAGCCCGGGAUGUUGACCGCGUACACGCACGACCCGACCGCUUUGAGCGGGUACGACUUGAAAACCGAACGCAUGCGAUCGACUAUUUCCGCCAACGGUGAGAACGUGGACGUGGAAGAAAAUAAAAUUUUAGCCGGCAACAUGAGAGUGACGGACAAAGGGCAUUUACAAUACGCCGAACGCAAAAUCUUUCAAAUCAUGAAAGAGGCGCGAGAAAACUCAAAGUCCAUUUUGACCGCGUACAAAGCCGCGGUUAAGAAAGCGACGGAAGAAUUAGUAGCGAAUGAAACGUUAUCUGGCGAUCGAUUACGGCAAAUUCUCGAAGAGUAUCCUCCGGCGGGCGAUUACGCGAAGACGGGUCCAGACACGCCGUGUAAGAUUUUGCCGACGGAAGAGGAGGAAAUGCGAAACGGCUGGCGAAACGAACCGGAUCCUUUGAAAAAAUUUGAAUAUUUGAAACAGUUCUACGGCGAUAUUAGUCUCGACCCGCCCGGACCGAUGAAAGAUCGCCGAACGAAAGAAGAUAACGCUGGUUUGCUUUCGUUUCAAGAACACACUUGGAAGUACUGCGUGGAGAAAGUGUUGCCGAAAAAAGGGCGAAGACAAGGCGUGCACUGGGAACCAUGGACCGUCGCGGCUAUGAAGAUGAACGAAAGAGAAAAUCCAGGUUGGCGAGCGAUGGAAAUCGCGAGGUUGUGGAAAGAACACGAGGCGUACCUGUUGCCAAAGAUGCAAAAAGUUGUACAAGAGUUGAACGAGAAGCGCGACGGCGGAGAGAAAUUGACGCGCGAAGAAGAGCGCAAAUUGAUCGUGCUUCCAGAACAGAUCGCAGAAAUCGAAGGUAGGAUUGAAAAUGGCUAUCCCGAAGGUGCUGGCUUAGGCGUCAUGGAUUUGAAAAUUCCGGAUAAGUUUGUCUUCAACAUUCAAGAACGCAUGGUGAAGGAGAAGCAGCGACGGUGGUACAAAGAUAACGUGCACCCGAUGCUUGAGAAUAUGGAUUUGGACAUAUUCGCAGAAGACGAUUUGCGCACGGCUUAUAGGAAGAAAGAGGCGAUGCUAUACGGCGCCGUAUAA